AUGGCAGAAAAAGCAGUGAGUUCUGUUAUUCAAUAUUUGGCACCGUUGUUAACUGGAGAAGUAGAGUUGUUAAAGGGUGUCCGCAAGGAAAUUAUCAAUAUCAAAGUUGAAUUGGAGCGCAAACAAGCUUUCUUAGAAGAUGUAGAAUCAAGAGAAGAAAAGGGAGAUAAAGGGGUGAAAACAUGGGUUACUCGAACGAUCACGAAGCUAAAGUCACGACAUGAGAUAGCUUCUCAAAUCCAAGACAUCAAGACUACAAUCCGUGAGAUCCAGGAAGGAGCUGUUCGAUAUGGAUUAAGUACUAGUACUUCCUCAGAACAUAGCAGCACCGGCACUAGCAGCAUCACCAAGGACAACAUGUGGAGUGACCCUCGUCUGGCUUCCCUUUUCAUAGGGAAUGACGAAGUAUUUGGCAUUGAAUCUCCCAAAUAUGAACUGACAAGCAGAUUGGUGACCAAAAUCAAUCACAACGAGCAUAAAGGCAGUAGGGUAAUCAUCACCACACGCAACAGGCAGGUUGUUGGUUUUUGCAAAGAAACUUUAGUGGAUCAUGUCCAUGAGCAUCAACCCUUAUCUGAAGAGAAGGCUUGGGAACUCUUUUGCAAGAAAGCCUUCCAAUUGGACUUUGGGGGUCAUUGUCCCCUUGAGUUGAAGGAAAUAUCACAUGAAAUUGUUAGAAAGUGUGAAGGAUUGCCACUUGCAAUUGUGGCAAUAGGUGGUCUCUUGUCCACCAAAGACAAGGUUAUAUCUGAAUGGCAGAAAUUCUAUGGUAGCAUGGGCACUGAGUUAGAAAGGAAUCCUAAUCUUACAAACAUCAGACAAAAUUUUGUUGUUCAGUUAUAA